AUGCAGGAGCUGCCAGGGCGGUGCUGUUGUGUGGUUUCCUGGGCAACAGCAGCGUCACUGUAAACAGUACAAGAAAGGUGAAUAGUGCUCCUCAGCCAGCACAGUGUGGUGUGACUACAUCCUCUGCAUGGAUCAAAUAACAAAACCUAUACCCGGGCAGUGGUAUUGGAAAGAAGAAAGUAAAUCACUUGAAUUCUCAAGCAACAAUGCGUAUUCGGACAGCAAGGACAGGUCUAGGAAGGGUCGAGGAAUUCAUUUCCAGGAAUAUGGGAAAAAAGCGGCAGAGAGGUAUUUACAGACUGGGGCUAAAUCCCCUGAGAGAGUGGGGAGCGGCAAGAUACUAAAAUCCGCCAAGCAGUCAAACAAACGGGAACAUGCAAAUGUCACACUGGAUGACGUGAAACGUGUUGCACUUAAUCUGCUGGAAGACAAUGAGCAUCUUUAUAUGACGUCAUUUGCCUCAGCUGUAAGGGGCCAGCAGCUGGACGACUUUCUCUUGGCUCUGCUCUGCUACAUGUCAUUUUACCUGGAGAAAUACGCUCUUGAAAAGAAACCAAAAUCUCUGGUGCUAGCCCCCAGUGCCCUUGUACAAAGGGAGAUGGCAGAACUUACCACCAGAACGGAGCUGGCACUCCGGCACUUUGCUCACACGUACUGUAUCCUUGUGCUUGGUGAAGGUAUGGUGGAGCAACAUCAUAUGGCUUGUGGCAAAAGCAAAGCGUCUGCAACUAAAACAGAUCGGAGAUUCUAUGAGUGCCUGUACAGCUUCUGUGUGUUCCUGGCAUGGGUGGUGUUCAGACGCAGAGAGCUGCAUGUGAUUCAGGAGGAGGUUGGCAGACUGUUUCGUUCCAAUGCAUUUAAUCCUGACCUGAGUCUGAGAGAUGCCCUACAGACCCCAGGCAGGAACCUGUUGGUGGAAAAAGAGAAAACAAAGAAAACAGCGACCUAUGCAGACAGCAGGAAAGGUCACCUAAAACGUCCUGCAAUACAGAGCAUCGUCACACAACGUUCCCCAGUGCUGAUCUCUUUGAUUCCAUCAUCCAAGGACAAGUCCCAGUACCUCUUCGAACAGCACCAGCUCCAUCCCAGCAACAGCUCUGAGCUUGUGCAGAACUGGUCAGAACUAACACCUGCCCUGGAUACGCCCCGGAUCGGAAUAUUAGGAGAACCUCUUAACCAUUUCCAGCCUCGCACCCUCAACCCCAUAGGGACAGAAAACGAGGACGAGUCUGCAGAAAAGGAGGAGAUUAAUGUGACAUUCGACUCGCGAGGUCCUUCAUCCCAUCAAUCCAUCCUGAGACCCGGCACAGGGCGCCGAAGCAAUGUCAUCUCACGCGCCACCACAGAGGCGGCUUAUUCUGACAGCGAUUGAGGGUGGCUCUGGGGUGUCACCGUUAGAUCAGUAUGGUUUGUGCAAGUCUGAGAGUCACCUGACACUGCCAGAGACAUUGCACCUGAGGAUAUUCACACUAUUUGUUACAGCAGAUCGGUGUCCUCCACAUAAAUACUGCACAACCUGUAGGUGAGGGGUCACAAUGGUACGUGAAGGUCACACCAUGAGCGGCCAUUUUACCCCUUGGUUGCAAGUAACAUUCAGUUCUAUAACUUUACCUCCCUAGUUUGCUAGUAAUAUAUGUACACUAGUGAUAUUUUCCCUUAACUGGCCCUCACGUCAUUCUGCUCCAAAUCUGUAAUGUAUUGAGGCAUACGUGGCCCUUUACUUUUAACACUAAGGGACUUUAAGAAGAUGGACAGUUAAGUGUUGAGUCAUUUUGAGAAGAUUUUACUGGACAGGCUGCUAAAAUACUGGACAGUUCUGUUUAAUACUGGACACCUGGCAACCCUACAAGUCCCUACAGGGGGCGCUGCCUCUGGGGGGGGCAACAAAACCUGUGUGUCUGUCAAAAGUGCAGGGGGCAAAAGCUGGGAACGUUGUUUUCUGCUUCACACACCUCCUGCCUCUCCCUGUGUAACAAUAUAUAUUAUUAAAGGGACAGUCUAGUCCAAAAUAAGCUUUCAUUAUUCAGAUAGAGAAUGUAAUGUUAACAAUUUUCCAUUUUAAUUUUAUCACCAAU